AUGAAUCCAGCAGCACUUUACAAAUACUCUCGUAUAGGCUCAACCUCUAUUUUAAAUUCUACUGCUACUGCUUCUUUCCGAGAACAGGCAUUAAAAAGAAUCGGUAAUAGCAGCAACAGAUUAGCAGUUCGUCACUCGGGUUCAUAUCAUUUCGAAAAUCACCUUCCCUUCGGAACUGAAAACAAACCAAAGCUCGUAUUAUACAUGACGCUUUAUCUGGGUCUUGGGUUUUCAAUUCCAUUCAUUGGUGCCAUAUGGCAAUUUCGUAAAGCAGGAAGACCUAUUUUCCAUCUUGGUCCUCCCAUAGAAUCUUAA